CACCUCAGUGAAAGCCUCUCACAUUCCCACAAGCGUAGAAGCGCUUUGGAGGAACUGGAAGGAGCUGCCUCGUCUCUCCCCGGCUCAGAGGAAUAAAAACACGCUUUACUCUCUGCUUUACACUGCUCACCACGUUUUCUUAAAACGCAACCACUUGCUGCUGAGAGUUGUAUCUUUUUGCUCUUUUUAAAAAAGUGAAAUCAAGUUUUUUUUGGACGUGAAAAACGGGUUAGCGAGAGUUUUACGCAUUAUAGUCAGGGGGGACAUCAACGGAUUUUGUAGUCUCUUUUCCAGUGAGACAAGGAAGAUUUUUCCGCUGGGGAAUUACAACCUGAGCGUUUACGACUUUAAAUAGGCGGAAUGUGUUGGAGGAUUUUCCUUCGGUCAUAAUUAGGAGCGCGUUUCUCCGCCCUCACAGUCCGGAGCGCACAUCCUCUCCAUAUGGCGUAAAACGUGCUCCGGUGCUUAAUAAAAUCACCAAAACAGACACUUUUGAAAGCUCGGAAAGCCAGUUUGACCUCUAUUGUAAUGAUGACAUUGUAUCGUCUCCACGAAGGACUUUGGCUGUGAAUAAAGACUGCGCUUCUCUUUCCAAACCCUGCAUGGGAGCCGAACUGUCUCCCCGUCAUCUCCGGCAUGACAUUUCAGUGGAAGUGGCCUUCAAAGUGGAAGAUGGCUUUUGACUUUCCCCCAGGCUCCAGCUUAAUCCCCCUCCAUGCCUAAUGGCACAUUGACAGUGAAAACUCGACUUUUUACAAAGGUCCAGUAUGACUGCAGCAGCAGGUGUGCUAACAGGCUUGGCUAAGCUUAAACGCCAAGACUCUGCCCGCUCUCAGCACCGGCCCGUACCACCUACAUCACCAGGCCUGGGAAACCUCGCCCCAGAGGCUGCUCCCAGGAAGCGGAAACGACGCUCUGAUGUUGUGGUAGUACGCGGUAGGCUCCGCCUAUAUUCUGCUUCCGGGUUUUUCCUCCUCCUGGGACUGGUCAUCCUGGCCAUAGGCAUUGGCAUGGCGACACUGGGUUACUGGCCGCACAGUGAAACCAUGCCCUCGGCCAAAUUGCAGACUGCAGGUGGAUCUAAGGCAGCAACUGCUCGAGGGGCUAAAACGUCUAGCACAGCUGAAGGAAACAAAGCCAAAAUGGCCGCUACAGAGGAAGACGUGGCUAAUUCCAGCACUGGUCAUAAUGUGCAAGGUACGCCCUCCAAGCAGACUGGGGGUGCUUUUGCGCGAUUCGUGCAACAGCAUCGUCACUCAGAGAGGAUGAAGAUGUUUGGGCCCUUCACCAUGGGCAUUGGGAUUUUCAUCUUUAUCUGUGCUAAUGCCAUUCUUCAUGAAAACAGAGACAGGGAAACUAAGAUAAUCCAUAUGAGAGACAUGUACUCCACAGUCAUCGACAUCCAUCGCCUCAGGCAGAGGGAGCAAAAGCAACACCAUCACCGCAACAGCACCUACUCAAGAGACAUUGGGGAUUUUCGAGCCUUUGGACCUGAUAAUGCGGCACGAUUGGCCAGUAACUCCCUCCUUGCCUUCUCUUCUCGGGCUGGCAGUGGAGUAGGGUCUGCAGAGGAGGAGGAGGUGCUUUUAGGCGACGAAGAAUUUCAUAGACAGAGGGAGCAGGUCAAGUUGGAUUGUAGCUUUGCGGGGCUGCUGGCACCGCUCUACAAGGAUCGUUCCUUUUGCGGCCCAGGGCUCGGGUUGGCUCGCUCGGAUUCAGUGCGCCACCAGUGGUCAGUGGACGGGGACAGGGAGAAGGGAGGACACCAUGCACGCUCCAUUGUGUCAUCUUCUAUCUCUGCAUUUACUCUCCCAGUCAUAAAACUCAACAACUGCGUUAUUGACGAACCGGAGAUGGAAGCGAUUACCGAGGAGGAUAGGGGAGGAGAGAAAAGAGAUGGAGACAGGUCACAGCCUCUGAGCUCCAUGGAAUCUCUGGUGGUUCCUAUACCAUCUGUUGCCAAGGCCUCCAAACCGCCGAGCUUACAACGGAGUAACUCCGCCUCCUCCUCCCACUACUCCUCAGUCUCCUCUGCCUCUCUCUCCCCUGCUCCCUCCUCAACCUCAGGCUGCUGGCUCUCCCCGGGAGCAGCAAGGACUGACUUUGGUUCCAACUCCUCUCUGCACAUGCUCAGCAGCCACUCCAAAUCUCUGGACCUGGAGCGCAGGUCGAGCAUGCUCAGUGUGCACCCAGAGCAGCGGAAGCACCCGAGCUGGCCCCGCCUUGACCGUAGCAACAGCAGCCGCGGCAACAGCGGCAACCGGGGCAGUAGUAAAGGCUACAUGCGGCUGGAGGACAGGGAAGAGCAAGGGGAGCGGCUGUUAGAUCUGUCGACGUCCGUGACAGUUAGGCGAGACUACAGUAAGCGGGAGAAGCUGCUAAUGAUAUCGAGGUCACAUAAUAAUUUGAGCUUUGAGCAUGAUGAGUUUAACAGCAGCACCCUGAAAAGGGGCAGCUCUGAGACCCGAUUUUGAAGACUCCGAACUAAAGGCGGAAGACAGUUCUGUCCUGUUCUGUAAAUUGCUCUCCAGACAGUAUGAGUGUACAGCGCACAUUUGUGUCAGGGGCAAACUGAUGAGUUUAACAGCUGUACCCCAGAGAGAGAGGAAACUCUCAAAGACAUUUUUUUUGGACAGUAAGCUGGAGAGCAGAUAAAAACUGACCAUCUUGUUUCAGACCUCAAAGGUUCAGACCUCACGUCAGCAGGACACUAAAUGCCUCCUGUAUCAUGUCUGGUGGUAAGUGAAAAGAUAAGCUCUACAGGGAUCAAUGAAAUAAAUAACAUUGCAUCAUCCUCACUUUAUACAUAGUUCUAAUAAAGUUUUAACAGGAUCUCAACCCUGAGAAGCUUUAGGGUCGAUAUUAUGGCUCUGAACAUUGCCUUUCGUGAAGUGUUUCAAGGUUUAAUUCAAGGACAUGCUGGAAGCACUUUGAGCAAGUUUCUCCCUCAGUGGGUAGCAGUGACACAAAGGCAUAUCCUUUAUAACAAGGUCCAGUGCUUAAUCGGGUUGUAUAGAGAGACUGUAGCUGAUAAUCAGUCAUUUUUACCCAAUCUACUGGCCUUGACCCAAAAGCAGAUUUGAAAUCUAAACUCACCCAGAAUCAGCUUGUAAAUUAUAGCCUGGUGUAAUUCAGUACAAGAAGACAAGAUGGCGUCGUGCAGCAAUGAGUUUCUGGUGGCUGAAAGAUAUCGAUAUUGGCGAUGACGCAUUUGUUUUAAAGGUAGUUUAUGUAAACUUGUGUGUCUGUCUGAUCCUCAGAUUGCAGCAGAUGUAGAGAUAUGCAGAAAGAGCAAAAGCUGGCAAAACCAGUCAUGCUUAUGAUGUCAAUACACUACAGCAGAGCUGUGCGAUAAAGUCAAGAUGGCAGGCUCCAAAAUACAAUAAUGGAGUCCAUGUGGCCCCACAGCCACAAUAUUGCUGUCAUUUCUGACGAACUAUAGGAAGAUGUUUUGUGUGUCUGCUACUAAAACCUAGAAGUAACAAUCUUUGUCUAUAGCUCUGUUACAAACUUUUAUGUUUAUUUCUUACUAGAUCUUGACUGGCUUCACUCAGGGUAUGCAGCCUAUUAUUCAUAUGCUUAGAAUUUUUGUAGACCUAUUCAAUAUUACAGAAAGUCCUCAUCAUUCAAUAUUUAUCAACUUCAGUAUGACCAGUGGUAUGAUAAAUUAAGGCUGUAACUAUUAAUUAUUUUCAUCACUGAUUUCCUCAGUCAGUAAUUUCCCUGUGAAAUGCCAAAAAGAAGCAAACAAGCAAAGCACAAAUUCGAGUAAAUAAGAUAUUUUCCUCGAUAAAUGAAAGUAUUGUUUUGAUUUAUUUUAAGUCCACACUGCACUUUUGAAAAAACAAUAUUUGAAAUAAAAAAAACAGUAAAAGAUAAUGUGACUUACUGGUAUUGCCCUCGAGCAAACAGUAAAUCAUCAUGUGCAUCAUUUAUCUUCUGUAUCUGUAUAAAUCCAGAGUCCAACUGAAAUUAAAUAGCAUUUUUUUCGUCCACUACAGCAUCCUUAUCUGCUCUGUAACUCCUGUUUUCUCCUUUGAGAAAAAAGGGAGAAAUUUCUAUCUUAUAUUUUUUGUUUUCCAUGAUGAGGGUCCCCUGUUUAGCACUGAUUAACCAAUUAACGAUUUGGCAAUAUUGGUUGUCAUUCAAAUCUUGCAUAAAGCAGUGACAUCAGCGUUCUGUCACAGGCAGAGCAGAUAGUCAAACUGAGCCAGAACAACCUUAGUACAAUAACACAUUAGCUUUCUCGUUAAGUCACCUUCUUAUCUAACUUGGAAACAUGAGCACAUGCCGUGUCCUGGAUCUUUCACCGGGGAAAAGAGCACUGUAACGUCAGUUUGCAGGCUACAUGGCUAAUUAGCUGCUCAGCUGCAACACAUUCAAAAAGAUGAAUGUGGCACAUGAGUGGUCCUUACUCCUCAAUGCCACAGUUUUUACAUUUUCAUAAAGACCUUAUUUCUUCCACACUGACAUUAUUUUUAACUGUGAAGAGGAUUGACUAAAUGUGAUUUCAGUCGGACUCUAGAAAAUGCGACCCAAGCUGUUUUUUUUAGGCUACAGUCCCUAUUUGAAAAUACGACUUCUGUUCCUUUUUAUUUAUUUAUUUAUUUUUCAUUUAGACAAUACUCACCAUUUGACGUUGAUUGAAAUCAGCUACUGAGCACAGUUAUAAUGUCUCAGCAUAUUUUAUUAACAUGUUGACAAAGACAUUGCUCAUGUCUAUCUUCACUACAUGAACUGAUAUGAUGCCAAUGUAUUGCUCAGUAUCUCUGUUUCAGGUUCGGUUUGGUUUGUCAACUACCUUAAUGCAUUUUAUAAUGUACUUAAAGCAUCUUCUGUGCUUCUUUAACUUAAACAUGUGAGCAACAUGUUCAUACCACAUGUGUUGGAAAACAGUGUCUUUUUUUUUUUUUUUUAAAAGAAAGCAGGGAUCUGACCUGAAAGCUUCAUUAACUGGUUCUCAGCAGUUUAUGAGUCAAUGUCCAAUUUUAGCCUCUCUCAAAAUAAAUAUUUUCACUGAAAGCUGCUUGGCCCUAAUGAGAGUGUUUAACCAAUGCAGUUUGCUGCACAUGGAUUCACACAUAAUGCCUUUCUCGGUGUCCAUUGGGAGGCUACAACAUCCCCUGGGAACAUGCGCACACACACAAACAUGGAUCAACGCACGAUCUGACCCCUCACCUUAACACAACUUUCCAAAUACAUCACUAAUUCCUAUCUCUCGCUCUCUCGGUUUCUUCCUCUUUCUAUCUUCAUCCUCUGCAUACAAAACAAGCAAAGGUCUGGAUGAGUCAUCAUCAAUUAUCAUAUGCUCUGCAGCUCUGUGGAAACAGCACACACACACACACACACACAAACACGAACACAUGCAAGGACCAAAGAUUUUACUUACAUGAAAGCAUGCAUGCAUAUUCUUCCUCAAAUUCAAGUACAGACACACAAAAGCAAAAA